UACACAUCCACCCAAAUCUAGGUUAAAUUUAUCUCAAUUUUCUCAUGGCCGCCACUACUUUUAUCAUCUAAACUCUGGAUUUUUUCUGUUUCGCGUUUCGAAUUCCAAAACGAAGAGUGGGAUUUUGCAAAGGUGAAUUCCAAAUCGAAGAGUGAGAUUUUGCAAAGAUCUCAUUUGUGCUCUAAUUGGAAAUGUCUGGAAUCUGUCCACCUUUCAAUGUUGGCGAAAUUGUGGAAACAAGGUCUUUUGAAAAAGGUUAUCGUGGAGCAUGGUUCCGAUGCAAGAUUAGAGACAUAUUCAAGAAGAGAAAUGAGGUGUUCUACAAGUUGGAGUAUCUCGACUUUCCUGAUGAAAAUAUGCACACAGAGAAGCUAUAUCAAAAGGGAGUAGUUGGAGACAAGAAGCAUUUGAUGCUUCGACCCCAAUUUCCACACGUGUGUCACCAAAACGAAGUCUGUGAUGUUAAAGGGAUCAUUAAACCAACUUUGGUUGUUAAUGAUACCUUCCAAGUAGGGGAUUUGGUAGAUUGGUGGAAGGAUGAUUGUUACUGGUCGGGGACCAUAGCAGAAGUCAUGGGGGAUAGAGAGGUUAAGGUUGAAUUGUUCCCUUUGCCAAUCGGUGAAGGGAGUUGUUACGUGGCUCCUUGCAAAGAUGUGCGUCCGUCCUUGGAUUGGUCACCAGUCGAUGGUUGGCUAGUACCUUCUUCCAAGGUGGGUUUUUAUAAAAGUGAUGGAGAAGAUAGACGUUGUGCUAGGUUGAUACUGCCUGCAGAUGAGUGUAAAGUCAUAGAGGGUGUCGUUAGAAGAGAACAUAUCGGUGGAGCUAGAAAGAAGCUCAAAGUUGACGAGAGUCUUCCGUUGAAUAUAAUGGUGUCAAAUGCUAUAGAUGCUGCUGUCCUUGACUUGGAAGAACUUGUUUCCAGAAUCAAGUGGAUGAAGUCUAUUUUAUCUUCCAACUUGGAGAAAUCAUCUUGCUCAACAUCUGCAUGGGUGUUUCAAGAAUAUUGUCCUUCAUCCACAAGGUAAAUAUUAUGAUUGAUUUAUGCCUUUAUAAAAACUAUUGUUAAAAAGGAAUAGGGAGCGUUCCAUAUGCAAAAUACUCAGAUUUUCCAUACCUUGGUUUGUGCUAGCUUUGAGAAUUUUAGAAUAAAAUAGUUCAAAAAUAUCUAGUAGAAGGAAUUUUUUUUUAAACUAUUUCUCUAUAAGAAAUCUCGUUUCCUUAGAAGGGUAAUGUUAUACUAGUUAGAAAUGAUGGAGAUAGCUAAUGUGACCUAGUUGUCCUAAUUUACAAGUACAGGCUUAUAGAUAGUUUCCACACUAUCUCACCAAUACUUGUCCAUGAUUUUGUGGUAAGAAUACUAAUAUCAUUUUGUCCAUGUGAUCUUGCUGCUCUUUUUUUUUAUGGCUAAAUAUAAUAGAUCCUCCGACCUAAUCUUGAAUUUCAUUAUUCAAACCACCUAUGAAUCUCUCAUUCGUGGCUUUUCUGUUUUUUUUCCACAUUCGCUUUGAUCAUCAUCUUCAUCUCUUUGUAAUACCUUUUUAAGUUUUCUCAUGUCAAUUGUCGUAGCCUAAAAUAAACAUUCGUAUGAUAGUUUAUUGGAAUGAAACGUCGUAUCACAACAACUUUCCUUA